AUGAAUUCCUUUUUUUUAUACUUCAAAGAUCCAAAAGUAGAGUAAUAAUAUUAGAUUUCUAAUUAACAUUCUAAGAGGCUUAGCACAUUUAUGUGUUUGAGUUUUGGAUUUAUUGUUGCUUUUAUAAUUAAAGUAGUUUAAUCAAGUCAUGAAAAAAAUAAUAAUGGAUUUAUAUUGAAUUUAUCGAUGCUAAUUUAUUUAGUUGUACAACUAAUUUUCGUUUGGAAAAAUAAUUAAUAUCUCAGAUUGGGUAUUAUUUUAUUAAAUCAUUCUGUGACAAUAUUUUUUAUUGCUUUUGAGGAUAGAUCAGGCGUUGAUAAUUAAAUGGCAAUGCUAUAAGGAGUUAAUUAAAUGGCAGCAACUUAUUUAUUGGUCUUGACUGGAGAAUAUAUUGAUGGCAUGAUAACCAUAAUAAUACUUUAGAUAUUUAGAAUACUUUGGGGAAUAUUUUAAAGCGAUGGCAUUCAAUAUUCUGCACUAGUUACGUCUACAAUGCUGAUUCUAUACAUUAAUUAUUAUAAUUAUUAGUAUAAUAAAGCAAAAAGAUCUUAAUAUUAAUUGACUUUAGCUGAUACAAGAUGGGAAGAUAUCCUUAAGAAACUCCUUUUAUAAUAGUCUUAUUUAAUUUUGUAAUUUUAAGAGGAGAAUUUACAUUUUUCUGUUAAGUAAAUCAGAAACUGUGAAAAGCUUUUCAAAACUGAUGAAGAAGCGUAUGCUUUCUUAAAAUAGGCAACUAAUUAAAACAAAAUUAUGUAGAAUGUUAUCUAUGAUUUGAUUAGAGAGUUUAAAAAAAACAAUUAAUAAACUUUCAAUAACACAUUUUUAAUAAAUUUUCAAAAAAGAAUUAUCAGAGCUGAAAUUUCAAUCUAUUAAGGAGAUACACCAACUAUUUUAUUCUUAUUUAAAGAUUUUUUUAAUGAAAGGAAAACGAAUGCCAAAGUAGUUUUAUAUUAAUAUAAAUAAAUGCUUAAAUUAAUAGUAAAAAUUCUUAAUCGAAUUAAUCAACAUACAUUUUGCCAAAAUAAAUAUCAAUCCAUACAAAGAAAAUUAAUAUUUAUACAUUUAGUCUAGGAUAUCAAAAAUAAUAUAAAAUUGAAAAAAAUAUAACUAAAUGAUUUCUUAAAUAAUGCAAUUAAAUUACAUUAAAAUGUGAAAGUCAAUGUUUAAUAUAAUUGUAGUCCAUCUAUAGAAACAUCAAUUAAUAUUUUAUAAAUUGUAAUUUUAUAAAUUUUUGAAAACAUCAAAAGUUCACAGAUUCUUAUAAGAACAUGUUAUACAAAGGAAAAUAAGAUUUUAUGUCAAUUUGAAGGAUAAUUUAAUUUAGAAAAAAUUUUAAAAUUUAAAGAUUAUUUUGAAACACCAUUCCUACUAUUAUUUGAAUCUUAUGAAAUAAAGAAUUAAAGUAAAUAAACUUGAAUAAAUUUAGCUCUAGAAUUUAUAUUUCCUCAAUCAAUCGACAUUCCCUUCAGUAUAUAUUGA